AGGACUCCGCGGGGAGAGACACAAAAGGAGAACCCGCUAUGCAGAAACACUGGGACGGAGACUUUGGGUGGAGUGUAACCAAAAGAGCUGGAUUUAUUAAGUCCACAAAAACAGGCAGGAGAAAAAACAAAACUCUGAGCUGAGUAGGAAAAACCCGGGAGCAGCAGCUGAGAUGGAGGUUGGCUUGGACGUGGCAGGCAGGAUGGAGUGGAUGUGGAUCUCACUGAGAGUAUACGUAGAACUGGCGAAGUCUGAUGGUCGAACCGGGGUCUUAAGCAGCUGUAGGUGAGUGGUGUAAUCAGUGAUGAUGAGAAACAGGAGCGGAGGUGAGUUGAUGGAAAAACGGAAUGUAGGUCAACCACGCCCAUCCAGGAAGACAAACAAACAGAAAAAAGGAGGAGGAGAUACUGCAAUCCUCACAGAAGGAGUCUAAUUUAACACAAGAUUAUUAACUAACGUUAAUACAAAAGUUAAUUAAAUUGUUUCUAACUAUCGAUGUUGAAGUGUCCAGGACUGAAGCAGUCAAUAAAAAAACAAUACAAAAUCGAUUCUUAUGUGAAUAAAUAGUUUUCCAUCAUCUAGUUUGGUGCCAAAAAGUGUCCAGAUAAACAGGACAGAAAAAUAAAGACGUAAAUUAGCAUGCAUGAGCUAGCACUAAUGAAUCGGGUCUUGAACUUUGGGACUGUGCGCUAUCUUCCAGACAGCACUUGUGUGAGUGAGUGUCCAGCUGGUACAUACGACAGCAAGCAGGAUGCUGACGGAGCCGAGCUGGGACUCUGUUUGCCGUGUGAUGACGCCUGUUCCACCUGCACUGGCGCUUCCCCCAGAGACUGCCUCACGUGCUCUCCAAGAUACCUACGUCUCCUUCAACUUUGUGUCACCCAUUGUCCCACAAGCUAUUACAGAGAGAGCUCCCACUGUGAGAAAUGUGACCAGUCCUGUGAGCAGUGUACAGGACCGGGCCCUGAGUCCUGCAGGACCUGUUCACCUCCUCUUCUGGACCUGCAAGGCACCAAGCUGUGUGUGGAGCGCUGCCCACAACACUUCUAUCGGCUCAAUUACAUCUGCAAACAGUGCCACACCAGUUGUCAGACCUGCACAAAUGCCUCGCCUCAGGGAUGUGUGACGUGCAACCGGGGCAGCACUUUAAAGGACAAAGUCUGCUAUCCACAUUGUGAAGAGGGGCGUUACUUUUCGGAAAAGGAAACCUGUGAGCCAUGCGACGGCUCCUGUAGGCAUUGCACCGGCCCCAGACCGGACCAGUGUCUGACCUGUCACCGGGAGUCCGCUCUUCAUGCCAUGGAGAACCGCUGUGCCCGCUGCUGCCAGGCUGGAGGAAACGACACAGACUGCUGUGUCUGUGACCGACGCUCAGCUCUGUGUGUGGAGGCCCCCCAACCCAAGUCAGGAGAGGAUCAGGAAACGGACCUGAAUAUGUCUUCUAGAACUCUGAAGCACACCUCCGCUGGCCUUCCCAUUGCCCUGCUGCUAGCACUGGGGUUGGCUCUGGCCGUGUUUGCCUUGCUCAAGGCCCAUUCCAGUAAGAGGCUUUGCUGGGGGCAGAGCUAUGAGAGACUGAGUGGCAGCGCCAGCGUCAAUAUGCCCCACGGCGUCCCCGAGCCGGACAGCGGAGACGAAGUGGAUGUGGUGUACACCAGCAGAGGAGGAUCAGUUUAUCGACGCUACAGCUUUAUCCAUGAGCAGGACACCGAUGCAUCCCCGGAUGUGGAUGAGAGCACUUGUCUCAAUCAAUCUUAGAUUCAUACAUACACUACCGUUCAAAAGUUUGGGGUCACUUAGAAAUGUCUUUAUUUUUCAAAGAAAAGCACUGUUUUUUCAAUAAAGAU